AUGACCGAGAUCUUCGGAUUGGGCGAAGACUCUGACGAAUCCUUGUCUCACGCAUGGCCGUCUAACGAUAAGACGCGUGGGGAUGGUGGUGAUGCACCUAUAUAUCACCACUAUAGAAGCAACUCGAGGGAUCGAGCUGCUACUGGUGUCAGUGCUCAUGCUGACACCACACAAGAGGCCAGGGACCGCAAUGUCCUGUGGUAUGCCCCUCAAGUGGAGUCUCCUUGGAUGCCGCCAUCUAGAGAGUUGGACCGGUUGACCGGCACGACUACCGAGCGGGAUCGAAUCCCGUUGUUCUAA